GACAUGAACUUGGAUCGAGUAGAUGGAGAUCGACCAACCUCUUUUGAAAAAAUAGAAGAAGACUUUUUAAGCACCAGAUUUCAACUUGACGGCUUGACGUUGAUUUGUCAUAUUUCAUUGGCGUAAAAACGUUAAAAGGGUGCAUUCAUUGUUGACAAAAAUUAAACCGAAUUGCAAUUUAUCAAAAGAAUGAGUACCAACGAUCAGGUUGAUACUAUAGUGGUGAAAGAUGAAAAAGAAAGCGAUGAUAGCGAUGUUGAAAUUAUUGAAAAUACUCCUGCUCUAAUAGAUGUACCAGAGUACAUAGAUCCAAAAUCCCUUGUUUCACUCUUGAAUCAACCAAAGGAAGAGUUACCUCCGAUAGUUGAUAAGAUAGUAAAAAGAUUGACUAAUGAUGAAGAAUUUGAUCGAGAAUGCGACAAAUUUUACCAGGCUAACCUGGACAUGGAUGUUGAGGUGGUAUCGGUAGAUGUAGCUAAAGUAUUAUCUGAACCUAUUAAGUUACCAACACCUUCUAUUAAAUUGAAUUUAAAUGGGGAGAUUAAUGAUAUAAGAACACAAAGAGAUUUACCAGGAAUAUGUGACCUCUGCGAAGAUGCAAUUGACCAUGUCGAGCUUCUGUUAGAACACUUCAAAGGAAAUCAUCAUCUUAAAGACGGAAAUUAUGUUUGCCCAUUUUGCGAUUAUACGUCACCAAAACAUGAAGUAGUAAUGAAACAUACUACAAAAGUUCAUAAACUGAGCAGUGAGAAGCUUUCAUGUGAUCAGUGUGAAUUUGAAACAUUCCGUGGUGAUCUAUUCAAUCGUCAUUCCAAUAAGCACAUGAGGGAUAAAACUUACUCUUGUGAGAAGUGUAAUUACAAAACUGUAAAUUUGUCAAGUUUUAAGAUGCACCUGAGCUAUAAGCAUACUAAGGAGACAGAAUUCAAGUGCAGUUACUGUGAAUUCAAGUCUGUUUCCCAUGCUUCUGUGAAAAGACAUGAGACUUGCAAACAUGCUAAAGAGCGUGCGUUAAAGUGUGACCAAUGUCAUUUCACUACAACACAAUUGCACAGCUUGAAGCGACAUCAGGGUCACUGUAAGAAUCGAAACAGAAGAAAAUUCAAACAUCAAUGUGAGGAGUGUACUUUUAAAACAGAUGACCUUAGUAGUUUAGAGAAUCACAACUUGGUUAACCACCCUAAGAAAGAGAUAUUGUUCUGCAACAUUUGCCCAUUUGAGACAACAGAAGAAGAUGAAUUGAAAGAACAUGCUAAAGAACAUUUGAAAAGUGAACCCCUUGAUGAAUAGAAUAAAUUUAUUGCAAUUAAAUGAAAAGUGAAUAAAAUAAUGCAAUUUC